AUGAACUCCCUAAUCCUUUCGUUCUUUCUUAUCUCCGCGGCUGCAUCCAAGAGCUACCUGCCUUCUGAACAGAUCGAUGUUCAGUCCAGUCUUCUUUCUGAUCCGAACCAAGUUGCCGGCAAGACAGUUGACUACAUAAUUGCGGGAGGUGGCUUGACGGGCCUGACUGUUGCAGCCAAGCUGUCUGAGGACCCCAACAUCAAGGUCUUGGUCAUUGAAAACGGCUUUUAUGAGUCCGCCGAUGGAGCCAUCACUGAGGAUCUGAAUGCCUACGGAGACAUUUUUGGCACCACUGUCGACCACGCCUAUGAAAUCGUCCCUCACGCGAUUAAUAACCGCACCGAGAACAUUCGAUCUGGUAAUGGUCUUGGAGGAUCAACUUUGAUCAAUGGUGGCUCUUGGACACGCCCCCACAAAGCCCAGAUCGAUUCUUGGGAGAGGGUGUUUGGCAACAAGGGCUGGAACUGGGACAAUCUGUUCCCAUAUAUGCAGAAGGUCGAGACCUCCCGUCCUCCAACUGAUGUCGAGAUUGCCGCUGGUCACUACUAUGAUUAUUCCUGCCAUGGAACGAAUGGCACUGUUCAUUCUGGUCCGCGCAACACCGGAGAGGCAUAUUCUCCAAUAAUCAAUACUCUUAUGGAUUCUGCUGAGGAACGUGGUGUUCCCACCAAGCAAGAUUUUCACUGUGGGGCCCCUCGCGGUGUUUCUAUGAUUCCCAAUGCGCUACACGAGGACCAGACUCGCUCGGAUGCUGCACGUGAAUGGCUUUUGCCCAACUACAAGCGCCCGAACCUGCAGGUUCUGACGGGUCAGUUUGUUGGAAAGGUCCUCAUCAAUCAAACCACUAUUUCUGGUCACAAUGCCGUUGGCGUAAACUUCGGCACUAACAAGAAUGUGAACUUUAAUGUAUACGCCAAGCAUGAGGUAUUGCUCGCGGCCGGCUCCGCUGUCUCCCCCCGAAUCCUGGAAUACUCGGGUAUUGGCUUGAAGUCUGUACUCGAUGCUGCAGGUGUCCAGCAAAUCGUUGAUCUACCUGUCGGUCUCAACAUGCAGGACCAAACCACCACUACCGUGGCCUCCCGUACCAAGCCCUCCGGCAAUGGUCAAGGUCAGGCUAUCUAUUUUGCUACUUUCAAUGAGACAUUUGGAGAUUUCGCUCGUCAGGCUCAUCACUUGCUCAAUACCAAGUUGCAUCAAUGGGCUACAGAGACUGUUGCGCGGGGUGGCUUCCAUAAUGUGACUGCUCUUGAAAUCCAGUAUCAGAACUACCGUGAUUGGCUGAAUGAUGAAGUUGCCUAUAUGGAGCUGUUCCUCGACACAUCCGGCAAGAUCAACUUUGACUUAUGGGAUCUGAUUCCAUUCACUCGUGGCUCCGUGCAUAUCGAGGGAAAUGACCCCUACCUGCGACGUUUUUCCUACGACCCUAAGUUCUUCAUGAACGAGCUGGACCUUCUUGGCCAGGCGGCUGGGUCGAAGCUUGCGCGCGAUAUUUCGAACACGGGAGGUAUGCAGACCUACUUUGAUGGCGAGACUACACCUGGGUCCAACUUGGCCUACGAUGCCGACUUGAACCAGUGGGUGGAUUAUGUCAAGCAGAACUUCCGCGCCAACUGGCACGCUGUCAGCACCUGCUCGAUGAUGGCAAAGGAGCUUGGUGGAGUUGUUGAUUCUGCGGCUCGAGUGUAUGGUGUCGAGGGCCUUCGCGUGGUUGACGGCUCGAUUGCGCCGACUCAAGUAUCCUCCCACGUCAUGACUAUCUUCUACGCUAUGGCUUUGAAGAUUUCCGAUGCCGUUCUGGCAGACUUCCAUGCCAAGUCUUCGAAGCACUGA